AUGGAGAAAAGCAACUGGCCAGCGCCAGCCUACUCGCUAAUUCUCCUUCUCUUCUUCAUCUCGACCUGCAGCUUCCUCUCAGCCUCAGCCGCCUCCUCCUCGUCGUCGUCGGUCCUAAACGAUUCAAUGAUGUACUGGAACCACAGGUGGGUGCCACAGCACAGGAAGAAGGGCGGGCGCGUCCAGUACGUGACCCACAACGUCCUGCACUACGGCGCCAAGGCGGACGGGGUGUCGGACUCCACGGCCGCCUUCUCGCAGGCGUGGGAGGAGGCUUGCAAGUCGUGGAGGCCGGCCUCGGUGUACGUGCCACGUGGCACCUACAUGCUGAAGCCCAUCGUGUUCUACGGGCCGUGCCAGAGCAAGAUGUUGUUCCACGUGGAGGGGAAGGUGGUCGGCCCAAAGCAUUACUGGGAGUUCGGCAAGUCCGGGUUCUGGAUCCUGUUCUACAAGCUGGAAAAGCUCACCAUCCUCGGUGGGACUUACGACGCUCAAGGCUCGGAUUAUUGGGCUUGCCGGAGGAGCCAAAGCCAGUGCACUCAAGGGACCAAGUCCAUAACCAUCAUCCAGUCCCGAAACGUGGUCGUUAAGGGGCUCAAGUCGCUGAACCCGCAGAUGUUCCACCUGGCAAUAGACCACUGCCACCAGGUGCUGCUGAAGAAGCUCUACAUCGAGGCCCCGUCCCGGAGCCUGAACACCGACGGGAUCCACAUCAUGUCGUCGGAAGGGAUCACCAUCGCCGGGGCGGUCAUCAAGACCGGCGACGACUGCAUCGCGAUCGGGCCGGGCACCAAGAACGUGCACAUCCGCGGGGUCCAUUGCGGGCCGGGCCACGGGAUCAGCAUCGGGAGCCUUGGGCUGCACACCCACGAGGCCGGCGUGGAGAACGUGUUCGUCACGGACUCGGUCAUGACCCGGACCCAGAACGGGCUCCGGAUCAAGUCCUGGGGCCGGAAGACCACCAGCUUCGUCAGGAACGUGCUCUUCCAGAACAUCGCCAUGGAGAAUUCCUACAACCCCAUCAUCAUCGACCAGAACUACUGCCCCUAUAACAAGAACUGCCCUGGAAUGGGUUCCGGCGUGAAGAUCACGGGAGUAACGUACAGGAACAUCCACGGCACCUCGGCGUCCCCGAUCGCCGUGAAGUUCGUGUGCAGCGCUAGCCGGCCGUGCACGGGCCUCCAGCUGCACAACGUCAAGCUCACGUACCACAAAGCCAUUGCGUCGUCGGUCUGCACCCAUGCCGGCGGCGGCGUCAGCGGUGUCGUUAGCCCUAGGAGUUGCUUCCGGAAGUGAUCAUCGCAUCGCUACACCCUGGCGUGCCGUGGAUCCACAUCUAAUUUCUUUCUUUGUAAUGUAGCCUCUUUAAUUAUGAUGAUUUUGUUACCACCGAACCGAUACUAUUUUUUCCUAAUCGAGUUUUUUGGUAUUUCUUAUGACACUAGUUGAUGUACUUGUGAAUUCAC